CCUGAGCGGCGGUGGCGGCGGUCGCCGGGAUGCCUGCGGGGCUGGGCGGCUGACAGCGGAGUAGGAACGGGCCCCGUGCCCGGAAUCUCGGCUGCCGCUGUGCUCGAGAACGGCCUGCGCUAUGGCCAACUCAGCCGCCUCCUCAGAGCAUUUCGAGAAACUGCAUGAGAUCUUCCGCGGCCUCCAUGAAGACCUACGAGGGGUGCCGGAGCGGCUCCUGGGGACGGCUGGGACAGAAGAGAAGAAGAAGUUGAUCAGAGAUUUUGAUGAAAAGCAACAGGAAGCAAAUGAAACGCUGGCAGAGAUGGAAGAGGAACUACGUUAUGCCCCCCUAUCUUUUCGUAACCCUAUGAUGUCUAAGCUUCGAACCUACCGGAAGGACCUUGCCAAACUCCAUCGGGAAGUGAGAAGCACACCUUUGACAGCCACUCUUGGGGGUCGAGGAGACAUGAAAUAUGGCACAUACGCUGUAGAGAAUGAGCACAUGAAUCGGCUACAGUCUGAAAGGGCAUUGCUUCUGCAAGGCACUGACAGCCUGAACCGGGCCACCCAGAGUAUUGAGCGUUCUCAUCGGAUUGCUGCAGAGACUGACCAGAUUGGCUCAGAAAUCAUAGAAGAGCUGGGGGAGCAACGUGAACAGUUGGAACGUACCAAGAGUAGACUGGUAAACACAGGUGAAAACUUGAGCAAAAGUCGGAAGAUUCUCCGUUCAAUGUCCAGAAAAGUGACAACCAACAAGCUGCUACUUUCCAUUGUCAUCUUACUGGAGCUAGCCAUCCUGGGAGGCCUGGUUUAUUACAGAUUCUUUCGCAAGCAUUGAACCUCCUACAGGGAAUGGUUUGUGGACCAGGACUGUGACUCUGUGAAUGGUGUUAGAGACAUGGAAGAAUCUUACUGUUGCUGUGAGCUAACGGUUCAAGAAGGCACUGUGUAGCCAGACUGUGGGAGGAGGGAGGAAGAUGGAAAACCACUUAAAUGUGAAGGAACAGCAAUAAGACCAGUAUGAUAUACCAA